AUGGCACCGACUCUCCCAACCCGUCAAUUGGGCAAGGAUGGACCCCAGGUCACCGCUCUGGGCUUCGGUCUGAUGGGGUUGUCCAUCUUCUACGGGAAGAAGCUGCCGGAUGACCAGAGGCUGAAGUUCUUGGACCACGUCUUCGAGUCGGGCGAGGCUUUCUGGGACUCUUCGGAUGUGUAUGGAGAUAGCGAGGACUUGCUCGGCCAGUGGUUCAAGAAGACAGGUAACAGAAGCAAGAUCUUCUUGUGCACCAAAUUUGCCAAUAUCCGCCAGCCCGAUGGAACGUCAAAGAUCAGCAAUGAUCCGACCCAUAUUCGCGAGGCAUGCGCCAAAUCUCACAAGCGGCUCGGUCUCGAGCCCGGCGACGCUAUUGAUCUGUACUAUUGCCACCGUAUCGACCGCAACCAGCCCAUCGAGAUCACAGUGCAGACAAUGGCUGAGUUGAAGAAGGAAGGAAAAAUCCGAUACCUCGGAUUGAGCGAGUGCUCUGCUGAAACGCUCAGACGAGCAUGCAAGGUGCAUCACAUUGCAGCUGUCCAAGUCGAGUAUUCGCCAUUUGCGAUGGAAAUCGAGCAGAACGACCUCUUGAAAACCUGUCGCGAAUUGGGAGUCGCUGUCGUGGCUUACUCGCCUUUCAGCCGAGGGUUCUUGACCGGCACGAUCAAGUCGCACGACGAUUUCGAGCCAGACGACCGACGCCGCGUCAUGCCCCGGUACUCGAAGGAGAACUUCCACAAGAACAUGGACCUCGUGAACUCCAUUGCCAGCAUCGCUGAGAAGAAAAACGUAACACCUGGUCAACUGACGCUGGCCUGGCUAAUGGCUCAAGGUGACGAUAUCAUCCCCAUUCCUGGCACCACCAAAGCGAAAAACUUUGACGAGAAUAUGGCUAGUUUGCAGAUCAAGUUGACAGCGGAAGAGGAGAAGGAGAUCAGACAAAAGGUCGAGGCGGCGGAGAUCACGGGGGACCGGUAUCCUCCAGGCAUGAUGCAGCAUCUCUACGUGGACACUGUUCCUUACCAGGGUUGA